AUGGUGUACUGCGGCCUUGUGACAUGUCUGACAUCGGUCUCGAUCGGGUAUGUGAUUGGCUCGCCCAAUAUCCUCGAAUCCGCCAUCCGAGGCAUUGGAAGCGACUGUGGCCCUCACGCUCCUUUCACCAUCCAGCAAGGGUUUCCCAACUGCUUCCAAUUCUCCGAUCUCCUCUGGGGCUUCGCAAUAGGCUCGUUCUGCUUGGGCGCGCUCGCUGGCAGCUUAGUCGCAGGCAGUCUGCAGAACAAGUAUGGCCGCAUCAAAGCCCUCUUCCUCUCCAGCAUCGUGUACAUCCUCGGCUCUAUCGUCAUCGGUCUUACUUUCCACCAGGUCCAAUUUAUCUUAGGUCGUAUCACCAUCGGCUUCGCUUGCGGUCUCGGUGGUGUCGUCGCACCCACGUACCUAGGUGAAAUCGCGACUAUCCAGGGGAGAGGUAUCCUCGGUACAUUCCAUCAACUCUUCUUGGUAGUUGGCAUUCUCCUCUCGAAUCUCAUCGGCCUUGCAUGGAGCACCCCACCUGGGUGGAGGUUCGUCCUGGCCCUCAAUGGUAUUCCCGCCUUGAUUCAGUGCCUCUUUUUGUCACAACUUGUCGAAAGCCCUCGGUAUUUGGUUUCGCAGAAGAGGAUUAAGGAAGCCGAGCGGUCCCUUCAAAUCCUGAGGGGACCCGAAAAGUUAGUCAGCGUCCAAGAGGAGCUUGCUGAUAUGAUCCUCUUGCUCACUGGCAGACGUGUCCCUGUCGAUGACGACAAAGAUUGCAUAGAUUCCCUUUCCUCUUUUCCUUCAGAUGGUGUGCCACCCCCGGUUCAUCGCGGCAACUCUGCCGCCACCCUCCAAAAUGAUCCUUCUCCCGUACCUCUCGUCGCACUUCCUCCCUCACACCCCGACAAAAAACAAGCCAGUAUUAGCCAAGAGCCCUACGGAUUCUUUACCCUCUUUCGGUCCGAAUGCCGCGGUCUUGCGCUGGUAGGAGUCUCAAUCCACUUUCUCCAACAGGCCACAGGAAUCAAUGGGCUCGUCUACUACUCGACCUCCUUCCUCAGCGACACUUUUGGCCCUGGGAAUUCCAAAUACAUCACCAUCGGCGUCACGGUCUGCAACCUCCUAUCAACCAUCUGUGGAGUCUUCCUCAUCAACCGUGUCGAUCGCAAGACACUUCUCAUGGCAUCCUUUGGUGGGAUCGCUGCUUCUGCAAUGCUCCUCAUCAUUGGCGCCUAUUCUGACGUUGGUGGCCUGGUGGCCGCCGCCGUGUUCUUGUACAUCAUCGCUUUUGCGGUCGGCCUUGGCCCCAUCCCCUGGCUGCUCCUCUCAGAGUUUCUUCCAACCUACGCUCUCUCGUCUGCAUCCAGCGCUGCGACGGGUGUGAAUUGGAGUCUCAAUUUUGUCAUUGGCCUGUUGUUCCCAUCGCUCACUAAAGCUAUGGGCAACACCACGUUUAUUCUCUUUGGGGGGAUUAGCAUCAUCGGCGUCGCUUUUGUGUGGUUUUUUGUUCCAGAGACGAGGGGCCGAUCCAUAGAACAGGUCAUGGCCGAAAAAGGCGUCCCUCGUCGAUCUCCCUCUUCUUCCUAG